GAAGUGGAUUAAUUAUACGCUUUCUGUUUCUCUCGUUGCUGUUCUCUCCCGCUGUGAGCCUGCCCGCCUCUCGCUGUCCCCUCUCCCUCUCGCCCUCUCUUCGGCCCCCCCCUUUCACGUUCACUCUGUCUCUCUCACUAUCUCUGCCCCCCUCUGUCCUGGAUACAACAGCUGACCUCAUUUCCCGAUACCCUUUCCCCCCCUAAAGUACAACAUCUGGCCCGCCCCAGCCCGCAGACAGCCCGUCCUCCCCAAACAAUCAGACGAGUCUCCCCCCCCCAAAAAAAAAGCCAUCCCCCCGUUCUGCCCCGUCGCAAUUCGGCCCCCGCGACUCGGCCAGAGCGGCGCUGGCAGAGGAGUGCCCGGCAGGAGGGCCAACGCCCGCUGUUCGGUUCGCAACACGCAGCAGGGAGGUGGGCGGCAGCGGUGCCGGUUCCCAGAUUCCAAUGGAGCUUCCGAUGGGGAAAUCGAUGCUGGUGCUGCUGACCUUCUUGGCUUUGGCCUCGUGCUGCUUUGCUGCUUACCGCCCCAGUGAGACCCUGUGCGGCGGGGAGCUGGUGGACACCCUCCAGUUUGUCUGUGGGGACCGCGGCUUUUACUUCAGCAGGCCAGCCGGCCGGGCCAGCCGCCGCAGCCGGGGCAUCCGCGGCAUCGUGGAAGAGUGCUGUUUCCGCAGCUGCGACCUGGCGCUCCUGGAGACUUACUGUGCCACCCCCGCCAAGUCCGAGAGGGACGUGUCGGCCCUUCCGACCGUGCUUCCGGUAAGACAUCGCCGCUCCAUGGCAGGCUGGUUAGGGGCUGGAGCCAGGGAGCUGGCAUCCCGUGACUGGCCCUGCCCCCUGCCCCCCAGGACAACUUCCCCAGAUACCCCGUGGGCAAGUUUUUCCACUACGGCGCCUGGAUGCAGUCCGCCCAACGCCUGCGCAGGGGCCUGCCUGCCCUCCUGCGUGUCCGCCGGGGUCGAGUGCUGGCCAGGGAGCUGGAAGCCCUCAGAGAGGCCAAGCGUCACCGGCCCCUGAUUGCCCUGGCCACCCACGACCCAGCUGCCCGCGGGGGUGCCUCUCCAGAGGUGUCCAGCAAUUAGAAGUGAGCCAAACGGUCGUGAUUCUGCGAAAUAGCCCCGCGCUCCUCCUGCUGUCCUCUCCACCGGCGGCCUCACCAUCCGGCCCUCCGAAAGUCUCUCUGCGUCACCUGCCCCAGCGCGCUCCCUGCCCCGCCCCUGUGCCCCAGCCUCCCCAAGUCAGGCUGCUCUGCUCGGCCCUUCCAUCGGCCGACGGUCGCGUCCCAACAGCUUCCAAAACGUACAAAACCAAUUGGCUUUAAAUACCCCCAAAUUAGUACCCCCAAAUGUCUGCCAAAUUACCCCCCCAAAUUACCCCCAAAACAUCCCCCCAAAUUAUCCCCCAAAACAUCCCCCCAAAACAUCCCCCCAAAUCACCCCCAAAAAACAUCCCCCCAAAUUACACAACAAAAUUGGAAAACAAACCCCUCUCUCUCACACACAUACCAGCCCCUUAAAAUCAAUUGGCUCCUUAAAAACACCAAAAAACCAAAUUAGCCUAAAAAAAAAAAAAAAACCCUAAAAACAAAAUUGGCUGAAAA